UGAUCCAAUGUCGCGUCAAGUUUUGUUUUAACCAAUCAGAUACAACCACGACCAGAGUGUGAAGAGUUUUGCUUAAAACGUCUGCUAGUAUGGCAGGGUCUCAAUUAGCCAGGAUAUUUCUAGUCAAUUUAGUAUUAUGCGUAUUUUUUGUGUUAGCUGGGAGAGACUUCUACUCGAUCCUUGGAGUGUCUAGAAAUGCCAACACCCAUACUAUCAAAAAGGCGUACAGAAGAUUAGCUAAGGAAUUGCAUCCAGACAAGAACAAAGAUGAUCCUGACUCCUCGCAAAAGUUCCAAGACCUGGGUGCUGCCUAUGAGGUUCUUUCGGACACAGAAAAAAGAGAAAUGUACGACCGCUGUGGAGAAGAGUGUCUCAAAAAAGAUGGCAUGAUGAACAAUGCUGAUCCAUUCGCUAGUUUCUUUGGUGAUUUUGGUUUUCACUUUGGAGGAGAUGGUCAACAUCAACACGAGACUCCAAAGGGAGCUAAUAUUGUAAUGGACCUCUCAGUCACCCUAGAAGAAUUGUACAGUGGAAACUUUAUCGAGAUAACUAGAAACAAGCCGGUGAUGAAGGCGGCAAAAGGAACGCGAAAGUGCAAUUGCAGGCAAGAGAUGGUUACCCGUAACUUGGGACCAGGUAGAUUCCAAAUGAUGCAGCAAACUAUUUGUGAUGAAUGUCCCAACGUCAGGCUUGUCAAUGAAGAACGAACCCUAGAGGUUGAAGUUGAACCAGGAAUGGUUGAUGGGCAGGAGACAAGAUUCACAGCUGAGGGCGAACCACAUCUAGAUGGAGACCCAGGGGAUUUGAUAAUAAAAAUACGAACUCAGCCGCAUCCUGUGUUUGAGAGAGUUGCUGACGACCUUUAUACAAAUGUCACGAUAUCGCUGCAAGAUGCGCUAGUUGGGUUUACAAUGGAAAUCGAACACUUGGAUGGACACAAAGUGACUAUCCAGAGAGACAAAGUAACUUGGCCUGGAGCUAGAAUCAGAAAGAAGGGAAAGGGUAUGCCAAAUUAUGAGAAUAACAAUUUACACGGCACUCUGUACAUCACGUUCGACGUAGACUUUCCCAAGUCUGAUUUCUCCGAGACAGAAAAAGAAGAAAUCAAGAAACUUCUUCGACAAGAUUCUCUGAACAAAGUGUACAAUGGACUACGAGGGUAUUAGCAUAAUAACACAAUUAAUGAAUAAUGAAGAAAACACAGAGUAAAAAUGAAUUU